AUGCAGAAAUUGGGAGAGUUCAAACUACCUAAUUUCUUCAAUUACCCACCUUACUUCACUUUGCAGCCAGUAAGGGACACUAGAGAGAAGCAAAUACAGUUAUGGAAAGAGCUUAUUAUAGAUUACUGUAAAACACAGAAGGUUUUUGUGAUUGGAAUUGAAGAUGAAUUUCCACUUUUUACGAAUACUGUAAUUGAAAGAUCUCUUACUCAUGAAGCUAGAGAAGCGUUCCUUUCGGCUUUAGUUUCUGAGGGGCGAGCUGAAUGGAUGGAUAAAGGACGUAGAAAAUGUCUCAUUUUAUGGCAUCGGAUUCAAGAUUGGGCUGAAAUUUUACUCCAGUUUGCAAAAGAUAAUGGACUGGAAGAUGGUGUUGUGACCAUAGAGGAAAUACGAUUUGGAACUGAAUCUCAAGGAACAGAACUUCAAGGAAUAGACAGAACUAUUUUGAACCGUGCAUUGAAACUAUUAGAACAGAAGGGGAAGCUUGUGGUCUUUAAAGGAACUUCAACAGAUGAUGAAGGAAUUAAGUUUUCUGUAUAA